AUGAUCGCGGUGAUUCUCCUCGGCUUGUUGGCGUGUGCCAGCGCCGCUCCCUGGCACAACCAUCGACACUAUCGUGGAAACUCUCACUAUGAGGAAGGUGACGAUUACCUUGACAGCUUCUUCGAAAAUGAAAUGUUCGAUACGAGAAGAUUCUGGAACGAGUUAAGCAGAGAAUUGAUGAGGCUGGAUGCAGUGCUGGAUGAUCUCACUAAGCACUUCCCUCACCAAUAUCCCACCGUUGAGGUCGACGAUAAAGAAUACAAGAUAACGCUAAACCUACCAGGUUUUGAUGAGAAAGAAGUAGUCGUGAAGGCCAAGAAGGGACUGCUUGUUGUCCAAGCUGUACACAAAGAAGGCGAUGUGCCAGAAAGGAACUAUUUAAUUGUGAGAUCAUUACCAGACGAUGUCGGUGAAAACGGAAGCUGGACGUAUGAGAACGGUGUACUGAAGAUUAUAUUCCCGAUCACAAAGGAGGGUACUGAUGUAACUUCAAAGGAUGUCACUGAGCUACCAACACAAACCCUUGCUCCGAAACACAGUCGCGAGGAGAUGGACAACACAGGAGAAAAUAAGGAUCUUAACGAAGACAUUGACGAAAUAAAACCUGAUAGCAACAGAAACGACUUGAUAACGAACGAGAUCCCUCACCAGGAGAAUACAGUAGAGGCUACCACCUACGCCGUUGGUUUAAAUGAUGACGUGGAACUUCUACCGAUGCGUCGUUAUUAA